UUUUAACAUGGCGCGGGAAAGCUGUGAGAUGGAUCCUGGGGCGGACUUGCCAGAGGAAGCCGACGGUCUUUCUUCUUCAAGUUUAAAACUUUACGAGGCGCAGUUCUUUGGCUUCACACCGGAAAGAUGCAUGUUGCGAAUCCAAAGCGCCUUCCAGGACUGUCUAGUCCACAUCUUAACGAUCGUGGAGAAAACCUCUGUGCGGCAGCUGGGUGAAGGGGACGCAAAGGAUUUAGUCCAAACCCAAGUUCGAGAAUGUACCCGGAAGCUGGAGCGCUACCUAAUGGCUCAGUUUGAGAAGCUGUCGGCGCGGAUGGAGGCACCGCUUGUCUACAAUUGUCUGUCCAUCCCUGCAAACGUCCUGCUGCCGGAGGACCAGGCUCACAAAAACUACCCAGACGGUGAAAAGAACGUGCAGAGACUGGAAUCGUCACUGGCCAAUCUGCAAAGAGCAUAUGAAGCAGAAGUGGGUGCACGGAGAGCCAUGCUGGAAGAGCUGGAGGAGCAGAAGGAGGUGCAGAAGCAGCUGGACGGGCUCCUGUUGUGGGUGAAAGAGCUCCAGGGAGCCUGGGUGACAGAAGGAAGCAGCAGCUUUCAAGAAAGUUUCAGACUGGUGUUGGAGUCUGUGAAGAAGCUUCAGGAUGCCCUCAGAGAGGUCUGCAUUAAGGCCCCCAUGUAAAUCUCGAAUCAAAUGAGGGAGAACUUUGGUAUUUGCUUGUUCGGGGAUACAGUUUAAUUUGUUGCUGUCUCACAAGUUCAUGAGUCUACAUACAGUAUGUCAUACUGCUCUUCAUCUUUAGUUACAUUUGCAUAUUAUUAUCUAAUUUCCCAUUAGUCAACUUGAGCCUUAAUAUUAUGGUUUUUUUAUGUUGGAUAUUCCAUCGAUAAGUAAAGCCUCUCCCUUAUACAAGUCUUGGACAUUAAUGAGACAUUAUAUAUUCUCAUGCACUCUGACGACAUGUCUUCUAAAUCCACUAGAGGGCAGUAUGCACUCAUUUAUUGCCAGGCUUGGUUUAAAAAAAUCUUUUUAAGUUACAAUAUUGCAUCUUGUGUUUGAUAAUAAAACAAUUAAUUAAUAAUUUUCCUACCUUGCCAUUGGUUAACUACAUUCAUUUUGUGUAAGCGAUUGAGCGGGUUUGCCUGAUAAAUUGUUUUCUAUGGUGAUAUGGAUCAAUUUGUCAGUUCUUUUGUUAGCUGUAAAUAAUAAAGUAUUUUUUCC